AUGCUGGUGGUUCACCUGGCCACUUUCGCUCAAAGUGUCACGGCCCAGAGUGAUGCCCCUCUCACCGUUCAGACGACGGGCGGCGAAGUGACCGGCUUCAUCAACGCAACCGCACCGCUUGUCCGCCAAUUCCUCGGUCUUCCAUUUGCUGAGCCCCCUGUGGGAUCUCUGCGUUUCUUGCCUCCUAUCCCCCCGACCAAAGAGCCCGCCCCUUUCAACGCGACUACUUACGCCCCUGCCUGCAAACAACAACGCAGCAGCAGCACGAGCCUGUACACUGAAGUCCUCACCCAGUUUUUGAUCAACGGGCCUGACUCUGAGGACUGCCUCUACGUCAAUGUGUAUGCGCCUCUUAACCCGGUGGGCGAAAGCCUCCCGGUCUUCAUCUAUAUCCCCGGCGGCGGCUUCACAUCAGGCGGCUCCAACUCGCUCUACAAAAUCCCGGACCAGUGGAUCCAGCGGACUCAGUCACACAUCGUCGUGAUAAUGCAGUACCGCGUGAACGCAUUCGGCUUCCCCAACGGCGGGGCAGCCCACGAGAACGUCGGGCUCCUGGACCAGCGCCUGGCCGUCGAGUGGACACGGGACAACAUCGCGGCCUUCGGAGGCGACACAGAGCGCAUGGUCCUCUGGGGCCAGUCUGCCGGCGGUAUGUCCUCGUCCGUCUACGGCUACGGGUAUCCUGACGACCCCAUUGUGGCCGCUACGAUCUCGGACUCAGGGGCCGCCUCGCCGUCGAACCUCGGCCGUCAGCCUGGUAACUAUACGACUUUCAGCACCCUUGCCAGCCUGGUGGGCUGUGGUGGUCUGACCGGGAAUGCCUCUGCGGAGCUUGAGUGCGUGCAAGGCGUGGAUGCGAAUACGCUGCAGGACUUUGUGUCCAACACGUCGAGCCUCAGCUUCGGACCGGUCCUGGACAAUGUCACAUCUUUCUCCAACACGACGGAUCGCAUAGCGCAGGGCUUGUUGGCCAAGAUCGCGACAAAGGACGGCUUUCAAGCGGCGAUCGGCUGCCCAGUUGUCAAGGAAGCGAGCAAUCGAGCGAGGGCUGGAUAUCCGACAUAUCGUUACUUUUACGAGGGCAACUUUACCAACAUCUCACCACUGCCAUGGGUCGGUGCUGCACACAGCUCUGAGCUCCCACUUCUCUUCGGGACGCACUUCGAGUACCGUGGAAACUCGACCGAGUUUGAAUGGGAGACAAGCUACGGAAUGGAGGCGCUCUGGCUCUCAUUCGCCUCCAAUUCCUCGGCUGAUCCCACAGACGGGGUCGCGGUAACGUGGCCCAAGUACAGUGAGGACACAGCCUCUCUGGCUGUGUUUGCUGCGAAUGAUACCUGGGUCCAAUUCUCGGAUGGCGGCUUUGGUGCGGGAGUCCAGUGCACCUGA